AUGGAUGUGCUGCUUUCACUCCCGGUGCUGGGUUACCUCCUUGGGCCUGCCACAUUCUCAACGAGCCUCAACUUGCUAUUCUUCUACAUGGUAAACUUGUACGUUUUACUUUCAGCAAAAUUGGCCUUUAGGAACUUAGCUGACCAGAAGUUAAAAGGGAGCACCCUCGUCCUCUCACAGCCGGCCCUCAAAGUCGAAGUUGUGGGAACUUUAGCAAUUCGCGCCCUGUUCUUCUUAGCCCCCUCGAUCCUCUUUCUUCUCGUUGACAGUGCCAUACCAAGCCUCAUAGUUGGUAUCAAAAGACAAGGCGCCGCAGGUUUGCCCACUCGAACUGGCGGCGUAAAACGUUCAGCGAAGAGGGCAGGGCCCCAGUGGUACCGUGUUAUCGGCCUUAGCAUUUUCAAUGUCCUGUUGGCAACUGCGCUACAGGCUGGUAUCGAACUUUUGUUCACGAAGGUUUUGCAUGCGAGAAGCGCUUUGCAAGUCACAACUACCCUACCCUUGCCAUGGUCGAUUGCAAAGCAUGUUCUCAGAGGGCUGGUACUUCGCGAGGUCUUGCAGUAUUAUAUCCACCGCUUCAUCCUUCAUCCUCGCCAGCCAAACUAUCUAAGCCGACGUCACCAAUCCUAUUUCCACACAAUCACCGCCCCUUAUUCAUUUGCGGCGCAUUAUGAUCAUCCCGCCUCAUAUAUCUUGUUCCGAUUUAUCCCCACCUAUCUGCCCUCUGUUAUAUUUCGCUCCCAUCUUUUAACGUAUCUCCUCACCCUAUCCAUAACUACCCUCGAAGAAACCGUCUCGUCCUCUGGGUACAGUACCAUUCCUGGAAUUAUGCUGGGAGGAGUUGCGCGAAGACAAGACAUACAUAGUAAGUGCCGUGGCAAGGGUAAUUUUGGUCCAUUGGGCAUCUUGGAUUGGAUCCAUGGUACCAGCAUUGGUGGCGAUGUUGCUGAGGAUGUGAUCGAUGAAGCCGAGAAACACAAUGUCAAAGAACGUGGUAACGAUGCGUUGGAAAAUGUGAAGGAGGGCGGAAAGGAGGGUCUCAGGUCAUGGAACACAAGAAGAAAGAGUGGAAAGAAAGCUUGA